GUACAAUAUCGUCAAUUCACCAUGGGAGAGCACAGGGCCAUGCUGCCGCGUCAUAUAGAGGCGUCUCAAAUCUCAGCACUAUUAGACUCGCUUGGCGAGCCUCAGCCUGACCACAUCGAGCCGCUCCAGGUGACAGCCGAGUAUCAUGCAAUCUUCAUAUUAUCGUACCGAUCGCCAAAAGCGGACUGGAUUCUGCGGGUCUCAGGGGCCCACAUACCUGAGAUCAAGACCAGGAAUGAAGUGGGAAUGAUGAAGACUAUCAGCGAGAAGACUACCAUCCCUAUACCUCGAGUCGUCCACUUCGAUGCCUCGACCUCAAAUUCCCUUGGUCACGAAUACACUAUCCUGGAGCGAGCGUCCGGAAUCAGUGUCGAUAAGGUGUAUGAUACGCUAUCGGAACUCACAAAGCAUGCCCUGAUGCAGCAGCUCCUUGAGGUGCUUGUCCAGCUUGAUGCCCUCCAGUGGAACUUCAUCGGGGGGUUGGCGGCCCAGGACGACGGAUCCGUGGUUCCCGGACCAGUCGUAGACGAGACAUUCUGGCAGACGAGCGAUAUUGCCGAGUUCUGGGGCCCGGCAGAAUCGGUGGAGACUCUCAACGUACAAGGUCCUUUCACCACUUUUGUCGACUACUGCAACGCUCACCUCGAGAAGUACAUUCACAUGAUCAAGACGCACGAAUCGAUGAGGUGGCUACGGGAUCUGAUACCGAGACUGCAGGCAACCAUCACUAUGGCCACAGACAGGGCGAUAGCUUUGAAUGACACAAGAUUGAUCCUUGCCCAUCGGGAUCUGCACUUUGCAAACAUUAUGUUUGACCCCGAGACUGAGCGGAUUUCCUCAGUACUGGACUGGGAGUUCUCAAACAUCGUACCAGCGGCCAGAUGGAAUCCCGCUCACGCAUUCUUAUGGAAUGGUCAAGCGGGUCCGAGGAGCUUGGAGGAGAAAGCUAGACUGUAUGCGGAUUUCGAGCGACAAUGCAAGCAGCGCCAGAUCUUGGUGGACUAUAAGUUCACACCACUUCAGGAAGCCAUUCAGCAGGUUGUCACCUAUGUCCGGGCUUUAACAGAGGUUUGCCCCCGAGCGCAGCAAAAGGAUUCAGUUGCUGGUUGGCGGAGAUCUGCGGAAGAGGCUUUGGAGUCUUUGGGAGUGUGACAAUGACAUCCAAGACUGUCAUCUUGAUCCGAGGAGCGUGGGGAAGGAGCACCGGUCCGCAUCCGAAUGCUCAUCCAGGCGUUUUCAUUGGCCAAGCGGGUGCGGUCAAGCGCUUUCUGUCGACUGGGAUGCAAGCGGUUCGGCUUCAGGCAACGACCCUACUAUCAUAACUUGUAUCUCCAGCCAAAUACAUGUAAA